AUGAUCCGAAGCACCAUGACUACCCACGGCUACGUCGCGGACUAUUAUGUCGACGACCUCGACAAUUUCAAUAUCGAAGAGCAGUAUCGCCUGCUGGACGACUUGCCAGAUGGUCGCUUCGUCGCGCCGCAAGUUAAGCGACGCAUGUUCUACAAUGGCGAAACCGCAUCGCAAGCUUUGGAACACGUGCGCCGGUUCGUACCUUCGCCGUUCAGCCCCAAUUCGCUGUCGCCAAGCUUGUACGAUGCACCGAGCUUGAUCGACGAGGAGCGGUGGCACGAAGCUCGAGUGAAGCUGAGGCGUGAAGGUGUGUUGUACAGGACCGGAGGGAGGAAAGUUGAGAACCUGACGAAGAUCUAG